GCACCAAUCAACGAUGUUGAUACUUAAAGAAUGCUUACCGAUUGGUCGUAUUCAAUAAUAUGGCGGUAUCAUAAUUAGUCUUACGAUGGCGUUGGAUGGUGUUAUCUUUGAAGAUGAGAUGUUACGUGUCAUCAAUUAAUAUUUCCUUAACAUAAAAAGAAGGAUGUGAACAUUAUAACUAUUUAUCAUCUAACCUGUCAAUUCUGCACCAUACCGGUGUGACAGGUACAAUCUGUUAGCUUUUGUAAUGAGAAUUGUCGAUGAGUUUUAUAAAAAAAUUGGCCUAGUCAUUAGCAUUGAUAACGAGCAUUUUAAGAUAAGAACGUUUAAGCAAAAAAGCGAUAUGAUUUGACUGCGAUUAUUUUAGCAUAAUAGUUUCCACCUGUCGAUGAAAAGAAAUUGAAACAAUUUUAUUUACAAUGGAGAUUGGUGUUGUUAAAAUCGCAGAAGACAAAGAUUUUGAAAAGUUAAAACAGUUGUACGAUAAUAACAAUGAUUGGAAAUUAGAUUAUAAUAAACCCGAUUUGUCCGUUUGGACAAAGACUGUUCCUGGUAUUAGUUUUAAAAUGGUAAAGAUUAGAACAAGAUUUUCUGAUAUUAUGCCGGAAACCCUAUAUGAUGUGUUACAUGAUCCUGACUACAGAAAAGUUUGGGAUACUCAUAUGAUUGAAUCAAAAGAUAUAGGAUUUUUCAAUCCGAAUAAUGACAUAGGAUAUUAUUCGAUGUCCUGUGCUUCUCCGUUGAAAAAUAGAGAUUUUAUAUUACAACGUUCGUGGCUUGAUACCGGAGGAGAACAGCUAAUCAUAAAUCAUUCUGUUUAUCACAAGGACUAUCCGCCUAGAAAACAUUUUAUUAGAGCGACAUCUUAUUUAACAGGUUAUAUUGUAAGACCUUCCCGAAAUGGAGAUGGUUCAGAAUUGGGUUAUGUAUCACAUACUGAUCCGCAUGGUAAAAUACCUGUAUGGUUAAUGAACAAAGUUACCCAAAUAUUUGCACCAAAGAUGGUAAAAAAGUUACAUAAAGCUGCUUUGGGAUAUUUAGAUUGGAAAGUGCAAAAUAAUCCAAAUUAUAAGCCGUGGCAUUUUCCGGAGCAGAUAACAGCACCACGAAUACAAAUAACUGAUUGUGUUAAAUCUACGGAAGAAAAAAAUACCAAAGCUAACUAUGUCGAUGAGUCUGAAUUGAAAGAGAUACCUCGUAAACAUUCUACAAUAAUGGACAAUGAUUAAUAUUUCCGUAGUAUUGAUGUAGAUCUUUCCAUAGAUAAGAAUAGAAAUAUAUAGUAUAGUCUGUUAGGUACACACUUGCAAAGUGCAAAUUAUGUGUACGUUUUUGAGAGGACAAAAGUUUAUGAUGUAACUAUUGAAGUUUUACACUCCGCAUUGCGCCUUGUUGGCUACUAUUUUUAAACGAUGAUGUUAUAAAGGACAAAUUUUAUCAUGGCCUGCUUUACAUUAAGCGCUAAUUUAAGCUUUUUAUAAAUGAAUCCUACGUAUUGUUAUAAAAUAUAAAAUAUAGUUCUAUCGAUUUCCAAAGAGGAUCUAAGGGAAUGCACAAUAUAGAGAAUAUCUAGUUAUCACUUUGAUCUUUUUACUACGUACAUUUUCUGAAUAUUUCAGAAUUAAAGAUUUUGCAUUUAUAUUGCAUUUAUAUUGAACUACUAUUAUACAUGUAUUUUAACAAGAGAAACCACUAAUCUCGUAUAUUGUGUGUUUCUCAUUAUUUAUUAUUAAUAUUUUCUUAACAAUUGAAUAAAUAAAGAUAGUUUGUGCUAGCUAUACAUAAUGAAACUUUAUAUUUUAGAGUAAUAUACUGUGAUCAUAGUGCAAACAGUCUUAUUGUGUUUCUCAUUGAAACAAAAAUCAAAAUGUAGCUACAUUUUAUCAACAAUUUUCUUCCUUAUGGCAAACAUUCCGCCAAUAGUGUUCAUAUUUAUUCUAUUUAUUUUCCUUUUUAAAUAUAGCCUUACAUAUAAAAUAUUAUCAUUACCAAAAAGAAAAAAAAGAAAAAAAAGCUUAACACACUUAUUUGAAAUCAUGUUUAAAUAAGCUUGAACACUCUUAUAAUGUGUGUGAGUAAAAGAAAAAAAAUAUAAAUGUAAUACUUUGUUAAAAAUUUUGAUAUAGUCUGAUAAUAAUGUGCUUCACAUUUGUAAAAGAGUGCUACGAUAAAGAUUUCAAUUUAAAGAAGACUUAUUCACAGAUUGUAUUAUUAUCUAUUAUCUAUAAUGAUAAAGUUUUUUACAAUGUUUAAAAGUUAUUAUAUAUACACAAGUUCAAAUACUGUAUCUGUAAAAGUAAAGUGAC